AUGAGCUUAUAUGCUCGUCUUAUCACACUGAAACAAGAGGAAGGUUCGUCAACAUACGACGAAGAUUCCUUUGCCGGACAGGUUCUCUCAGGGAACCAUCAUUUACCUACACCGAUCGAGUCAUAUAUUAAGGCACUUGGACACGUUGUUGACAACGCGUCCAUAAGAUAUAAGUUGGCAUUGCCUGCUUGGCCUGAGGAAGAUGGCACGUUUGGAAGGAUGGGCCCGUUGACACAUUGGAAGUAUAUGUCGAUGCCUUGCCCCCUAGUAUGUAGGCAGCGUAUCCAGGAAGAUAUGCGUGUCACGGCAACACCAGGAGUGAGAGAGUGGAACCUCCCUGUCGGUAUAAGACCUAUCGAAGAAGGAGCAGGAAAUGAAUGUAAAAAAGCAUGGGCACUGUUGCGAGAUGCCUUCAGACGCUCUCAUAAAAAGAAAAAAGAUACGAAAAGUGGACAGGCUAGUGUUCAUGAAAAAAAUGGAGUUGGUACAUUGCCAACUACACCCUCCCCAGCUCAAACUCCAAAGCACCCUCAGCCAAAGGGUAAACGAGGCCAAAAAGCAACUGAUGAAACACCUAGUACUGUACUAAUGAGGUAUAUAAUAGAGAGUAAAAAUAAUACUCCACCGCCGGACGACAUCGAACAAGUUAUGGCUGGAGUUGUAACUACAUUGCGAUCUUUUCCGCCCAGAGAGAGGGCUAUUGCAAAAGCAAAGAUAUUUAAAAUAGUAUCUGACAUGGAAAUAGACAUACUGAGCAGGCCAUCAACGAGUUCUACGGUAUCCACGCCAUCAACA